UUUGCUGCAUCAUUUCCCUCCUUUCUCGUUUUGAACCCAACAACUCACACAGCACACCUACAAACGAACAAUGAAAAGCAAGCGACGACUUGACGAUCAAGACGAAGACUUAGUCAAUGUAUUACGGCAACGAUUCAAGCAAGACGAUGAUCAAAAACAAGCAAUAGCGAAACAGACGUUUGGAAUGCUUAUGAACGCCCAACAACAGCAGCAACAACAACUAGCAUUGGCGCCACAGGGCGACAAAGAGCCGUCCUAUGCAUUGUUCGAUGAUCCAGAAACCUACUCAAGUCUCGGGGCCGAUAACGCAUCCUCGUCACGACCAUGCUAUCGAUGCAAUCGCGGGACCGCGUGUGAGAAAUGCGCGUUCUGUGAACAUGCUAUAUGCGGAAACUGCAUGCAACCGUGCAGUGUUUGUGAACACAUUUUUUGCGGAGGAUGCUCAACUAUAGAUUACUCGUCAUCAUUUGAGCAAACAUUUUGCUUGUCAUGCAAAGCUGGUUAAAAUCAGAACAUCAGAAGGAAAAAGAAGGAAGUCGUGGUUGAACACCUCUGCUACCAUUUUCAUAAUGCAUGUGGCUGUGAGGAUACAUCUAUACCAUUUCGAACUCACGAUAAUAUAACAAACAUAGAGAGGAU